AUGAAUUCUGUACGAACAUAUAUUUGUUGUAUUAAACCACGAGAACAAAAUCAAACAAUGAAUUUUCUUCAACCACCAGCACAAACUAUAACUACGAAUAAAACACGAGCUCAAGUCGCUUUAGCUCCUCGACAUGGUUUAAUGGAUUGGAUAAGAAAAAUGAAUAAUACACCAGAUAUUUCUGGUACAAAUGGAAAAAUAUUAAAUGUUACACUAGAAGAAUUAGCUAAACAUAAUAAAAAAACGGAUUGUUGGACUGCUAUUGCCGGAAAUGUUUAUAAUAUAAGUCCAUAUCUUGAUUUUCAUCCAGGAGGUGUUGAUGAGAUCAUGCGAGGUGCUGGUAUUGAUGCUACUACACUUUUUCAAGAAAUUCACUCUUGGGUAAAUUUUGGUUCUAUGCUGGAAAAAUGUCUUGUUGGUCGAUUGAUUUCAAAACCUAAUUCAAACGAAACAGCAUCAACAAAACCAAAAUCUUUACCACCAAGACUUCGAUUUGAUUUUCGUCAACCAGAUUCAAAGAGUUUAAAACUUUUUAUUUAUACGACAUAUCUAACAUUAACGACUGAAAAUAUUUUUGUUCAUAUUGAAAAUUCCAAAAAGAUUUCUAUUCUUGUUUUCAUUGAUGGAUUUGUUCAUACUAUAGCUAUAGAAUUGUUUGAAUUAGUAACAAAUGAUAUUACUGUUCAUAUAUCAACGAAUAGUCGAGGUCAAAUUGAAAUAGAUUUAAAGAAACAAAAUGAUCAAAUAUGGAAAACAAUUGGAAAAUUUGCAUCAAAUCAUUUAUCUGUUUGUCCUGUACAAGAUUUUGAACCUAUAUAUUUCAUGGCUACUCUUAUCAAACGAUCACCAGUAACACAUGAUAGUGAUUGGUAUACAUUCUCGUUACCAUCUAAUAUUUUCAUGUUACCUCCCAUUGGUUAUCAUAUUCGAUUAAGACAAUCCAAAGAUGGUAUAUUGAUUGUAAAACCCUAUACAGUAGUAGAUAAAUUGAAUAGUGAACAAAAUCUAUCAUCGGAUCAGACUAUCGAAUUAUUAAUAAAACAUUACACCGAUAGAACAAUGACACCGAUGUUACAAAAGUUAAAUAUAGGUGAUACAAUUGAAAUGAGUUCAUUUGAAGGGACAUUUGAUUAUACGAAAAUUAAUACGUGUAAAACACUUAUUCUUGUUGCAGCUGGUACUGGUUUAACACCAAUGUUUCGAAUUAUUAAUUAUGUUAUUAAACAAACUGAAAAUCAAGUAGACAUGAAUGUAAUUUUAUUAUUUUUUAACAAAACUCAAGAUGAUAUUCUAUGUGGAGAAGAAUUACAAACAAUAUCAAAACAAAAUAAAGUCAUUGUACAUGAUAUCCUUUCUCGACCUGGUCCUGAAUGGACAGGUGAAACCGGUUAUAUUCGCGGUGAACUUUUGCAUCGUUUACUACCAUCAAUAUCUUCUACGACUAACGUGACUGAAACACUUGUAUGUGUUUGUGGGCCAACACCAUUUUCUAAAUUAGCUAUCGAUUUAUUAAAAGAACAUGGCUAUAACGAUAAUUGUUUACAUUUAUUCCUUGCUUAA